UGUGACAAUUUAAAAUUAAUUUCAUCAUAAUUUCAGAUAUGGCUUUAAACAAGAUAAAAAUUUUAUACAUAAUGCUUUUCCUAUUUAUGAUUUUUGUCUAUAUCAAUUUCCAUCAUACUUACCAAGAUUACGAGCCAACACAAACAGGUGUGCUUGGUGGGGAGGUUGACUGUGAUUUUUUUAUUGUAGAAAAUCAUUCGGUAACAUUAAACAGUUCAGCGGAGUGUCCUGAGGUUCCGCCUAAACUAGUGGGUCGUCUCAAGGUUGUGGUGGAUAUAAGAAGUGAAGAAGAGAUUGGAACUACAGAUCUAGAACCAGGAGGAGAAUAUAUUCCUAUAUGUACACCUAGGACUUCAUUGGCAGUUGUUGUUCCUUUCAGAGACAGAGAAGAACAUCUUUGGAGUUUACUAAAUCAUCUUCAUCCCAUUCUAAAGAGACAGCAAGCCCACUAUAGGAUAUUUUUGGUGAAUCAAGCUGAUAAUUAUACCUUCAACAGAGCUGCUCUUUUCAAUGUUGGAUUUAUUGAGGCCACUAAGCUGUUUGACUGGGACUGCUUUAUCUUCCAUGAUGUUGAUUUACUAACAGAAAAUGAUAGGAAUUUGUAUCGCUGUUCCUCAAAUCCAGUACAUCUUUCAUCAGCUACUAAUACACAUGGAUAUAAAUUAAUGAAGAAGGAACUAUUUGGUGGAGUGAGCGCCAUGACUAGAGAACAAAUUGAGAAAGUAAACGGGUUUUCAAACCAGUUCUGGGGAUGGGGUGGAGAAGAUGACGACAUGUCCUGGAGAAUCAGAAAUGCUGGCUACAACUUAACUCACAGUGACCUUAAACUGGGAAGGUAUACAAUGUUCAAGCAUGAUCACGAUGCCGGAAAUCCAAUAAACGAAGACAGAUAUCCAUUUUUGAAAGAAAAGACUCCAAAAUAUGCAAGUAUUGAUGGUCUUAACAAUAUCAUAUAUACUGUCAUAGAACAGGAGGAUAAAAUGCUUUACACAAAUAUAUCUGUUCAACUGGUCUACCCAAUCCCAGUAGAUUUCAGCAACAAGAGCUGAUCAACCGAACUAAAACAUGUAAAUUUCAUAAAACUACAUCUAUAACAAAGCAUUUAUAAUUCAUAAAUGGAAACCUGGCAAGUUGAUUGUUUCAAUGAGUUCCAAAAACUAUUAUUGUUAUUCUGGACAAUUUUCAAUCUUGUAAAUUUUGUGUUUUAUAAAAAAACUUAGAUUGCUGAAUAUUAAGAAGGUUUUUCUUUGCAAAUCUUUUUUUAUGACUAUCACUGACAUUAAUAAACAUGUGUAUUUUU